AUGGCAAAUAUAAGGCGUUGCCGAGUAAAGUGGACGUUUGAUGUCCUUCUUAUGGCUACAUCUCAGAAAUUCGAUGCUACUGACCAGCGGGACAAGAUUUUUGGCUUGCUCGGUAUGGCCGAGGAGACUCACGAUCCUGCCCUCUGUCCAGAGGCGCUCCGGCCCAACUACCACCUCAGUCUCAGCCAAGUCUACCGCAACGUUGCAAUUUACCUCAUCUACUCUCGCCGCAGUUUCGUGUCGUUGACGCGGUGGGUUGUUCCUCAGACCUGUGUUGGAAGGUUCCGAAGACUAGGUGUCCGUUCAGAUCCUCUGCCAUCUUGGGUGCCAAACUGGACUGUAUCGCCACCUGGUGUCGAGUAUAGGCGAAAUUUUGUCUGGAUCGACUACUCAGUCACAGGGGACAGACCCAGUCUAGGCUUUCCGAGCAUGUACAAUGCCUCGAAAGGCCAGAAGGCCAGCCUUAGCCGAUAUGAUCAAGGCAAUGUGUUGUGCGUGCGCGGCCUGCUUCUGGACGAGGUCCUUCAAUCAUGCGCCUUUUCUCUCCCUACAGCGCAGCGGUCAAGAGCGGCAUCGAGGAAGCAGAUGGAACUUUUGCAGCACUUUUGGAACAUGGCGACCGAUAUAAGUACCAUUAACACGAUAUCCCUGGCAAAAUCUUUCGUCACUGUCACCACAGCAGACCAGUCGCAGCUUGGACAAGUCGAACCUGAGCAAAUGAUAAGAGAUGGAGCUGCAUACAUCGUCAGUACGAUUGAUGGGAACGGUCUAGUUUACCAAGAGACUGCGGCAGAGGCUACGAACGUCUCCUGGCUGGAGUAUGCUCUGCGAGCUGUGUGGUGCGGCUUCCAAGCUCGACGGCCACGAUCAACUCGGCUGUGGUCUGAUGACCUAGUCAACGCUCUGAAGCAGCUCGCACAAGGUGGCAAAGCAGAUGCAUACUCCAUCUUGGCCCGCCGAAGCAGUCCUAAACAGUCUUGGAAUGUAGACUCACAGUCGUGA